GAAAUGACACGUUUAUUGAUUUGCAUGUGUACUCACAGCAGAGCGAUCUCCUGCUGUGUGAGCACUCUGCCUCAUAUGGAGACUAAUGAUGUUGCGGCGCUGGGGGAGUGGAGCCCCUGUUGCUACUGUAAUCCUGCUGAUUACAGAGGGCACACAGCCUCUGUGAUCACAGAGCUCUGGACAGCACACCCCAGUCACCUCACAGGUGGCCUUUGAACGUGUGGGCAUCUGUGUAUAUAUAAGAGAGACUCGUAUUGUAGACACGGAGACAGACAUGAGGGUAAAGAUAGAAUCUGGCACACUAUAGGACACAACAUGCAAUAAGCACAUUCAUUUUUGCAUCAACUGCUGUGCAUGUUUUUCCCUUGGCUGAAUGAACACUAAAAUCUUACUCAGAAUGACAAUAAACCUUCUGCUGUUCAUGUCAGUUUCAACAUCCAUGCCCUUUUUUUUGGCUGGUUUUCAGAACGCUGCAUUGUCAUAUGCCAUCAGUGAGUGGUUAGAGGGCCAUGUUCAGAGCUGCUGUUGCACUUCUCAUGAUAUUUCCGAAUACUCCGGAGCCCUACAGGUAUGAGCUUCAAACAGGCACGAGACGCCUCCGUCAGAGCAGAGACUGGGACUAAUCGCAGCGGGCGCCACACACCUCAGGAAGGUAGCAAUUUUCCAUCAUUACCGUUAAAUCCUGCUCAAAAGAACCGGAUUCCAGAGGCCUAAUUACAAGGUGUUAAUAAUAACAAUGUAAUGACAGUCAUUUUAAAGCCUGCCCAAAACCAUAAUCCAUCUCCCAACUGACUCUCACAUUUAAGUGUGUGGUUUCGCCAAAGUGUUAUUUGAAAUUUAAAAGCACCGUGAUUCUUAUUGAUUACCAUUGUGAUUACUCUCACAAUUGCGUGUCAGGUCCUGUAUGUUAGGGCUUGAAUUAGGAGCUCCGUCAGCUUUUGUUCGGUGGAAAUACAGCUCUUCAGAUGUCACACUAAUGCUUUUCAUCCCGGUGCCGCUGACGCUCGGAGAGACGGCCAGGACAAUCCGCCAGCCUAAUUGCAGGAUGGAGUAGACAGGAGAUUGAUUUACUUAUGUUAGUAGGGUUUCCUCCACAAAAUACCAGGCCUCAGUCUCAUGCAAAAACCCACGUGCGUUAAUUCAGGACAUCGAGCAGGACUAUUUUCUCGUGCUUUCGAUGUCAGCUGAGCGUUUGCAGAGUGGAUCAAACACGGCCUGACGCUGUCAGUAAUUAUGAUUAAAGCCGUGUGAGCUGUUGUGAACUGGGAAACAAUCUUCUCCCUGCAUAAUUACUGCUAAAUGAGGCUGAUGUGCAGCUGACCUGCUGUCUAGUAGGGGGCGUGGCACCACAGGGAUCCCAUCCAGAGACCCAAGCGCGCCGUCCAAUCACAAGUCUUCCCCCAGCCCCGGGCUCUCACUGAAAUUCCCGAGAACCUCCCAAAAGUUUUUUUUCCCAGCACAACUUUGGCAACUUUGUAACAACUUAACUCCGAAUUUCUCAUCGUGUGGACGCUGCAUGUUUGCACUCCGUGACAAAAAGGGUAUGCGAUUUCUGGAUUGAAAAAAAAAAAGAAAAGAAAAGAAAUGAAAGAAAGCAUGCGUUCCCCUGGAGACUGUAGAGACGAGUUUUCAACAGACGAGGAUGUAGAAGCACCGCGGCCGGAGAAGCGCGCGGCGCAGGUGUCCUGCCUGCCCUUCAGCGUGGACGCGCUUAUGUCGGACAGGAGGCCGCGGAAUGCGACGGACACAACAGAUGGGAAGUCCUCUUUGCACGAUGAACGGCCGCACAGACCGGAUGUGUUUUCCCGACAAUUAGUAUCUAUCAAAUCAGAGCCUUUGGAACGAGGGGACUGUGCGUCCUGGAUGUCCAGCCCCAUUGAGAUGUCAACACCACCCCGGCAGCUCAGUCCAGCAGUGUGCUCCUUGAGGAAGCACAAAACCAACCGCAAGCCUCGCACUCCCUUCACCAGCACGCAGCUCCUGGCCCUGGAGAGAAAGUUCCGUCAGAAGCAGUACUUGUCCAUCUCCGAGCGGGCCGAGUUCUCCUCCUCCCUGUCGCUGUCCGAGACCCAGGUCAAGAUCUGGUUCCAGAACCGGCGAGCUAAAGCCAAGAGGCUUCAGGAGACCGAGGUGGAGAAACUCAAAAUAGCGGCUGGCAUCGGGCCCAAAGCUGUAUUCCACCCAGGCUUCCCGUCCUUAGGUUUUCCCCUUAGUGUUAACCUGCAGGCUGGAUCAGCAGCACUUUACGGACUGGGCUGCUCAUAUGGCCGCAGCCCCAUUUCCCCCGCUGCACAUCUGGCCAUGUACGCCUCACAGGUCGGCCACAGCCUGUUCCACCUCUCCUGAGAGGAAGCAGCGUUAUACAGACAACGCAACAUGGAUGUGUGGAGAAAAAGAGGACAAGAGUGUAUCGUGAAGUCAUGCACCUUUUAUAAAAGACUUGAUUAAGGGCCUGAAGUGGAGCUGAAGCGUUGUGAUGUUCACUGGUCUUGAGUUACAAGGAGAAUUUAUAAAUGUCCUUUUACAAGGCUACGGCAUCAAGAUCCGUCUUUGCUGAUUCAGCAGAGUUCAUUGAUAAUGAAUAGAAUAUUGAUACCAGAUUGUAUUUAUUGUAGCCUUUAUGAUUGGUUUUUCCUACUCUUGCUGUAUUCCCUGGAUUAAUCCAGCAUUGGCAAUCAUAUUUUCACUUGUUAGCCUUGAAUAUGCAGAGAUAGUGUAUGUAAUACUGCUCUCAGAAUAAUAAGAAGUGACAAAUGGAGAAGGACAUUUUGGCCUGCUGAAGUGCAGGCUUGCUUUAAAGCCAAAGCAUCCCCAAUUAGGGCUGCACGAUAUGAGAAAAAUAUCAAAUUGCGAUUAUUUUGACUGAUAUUGCGAUUGCGAUAUGAUUCACGA